AUGCCUGGCCCAAGGAAACAGUGGGAAGAUGAAGAGGAGUCAAGCUCUGCGCCGGACUCCCCCGUCGUAGGCGCCGCCCGCCGCAAGUUCGACGAUGAAGAGGCCGAGGAUAGCGAUGUCCUAGAAUCAUGGGAUGCCGCCGAAGAUUCCGAGGUCGAGCGCGAGAAGGCCAAGAAGGCCGCCGAAGCGAAGGCCAAGGCCGAGGCCGAAGCCGCCGCCAACAAGAAGAGCAAGACUCAACGGAUAGCCGAGCGCCAGGCAGAGCGCGCUCAGGCCCGCGCCGACGCCGAGGACGAAGACAGCGACGAGGAGGAGACCGAGGCGCAGCGUCGCGAGCGCCUGCGCCGCACCGAGAAGGAAUCCGACCUGCGCCACGCCGAAGACCUGUUCGGAAACAUCGGGAUCAGCAGCGGGCGCAAGGCGACGACCGCCGGCAGCGCGGUCCCCAUCGACGCGAGCGAUCCGUCCAAGACGGUCGACAUCUCGGCGCUGCCGCUGUUCAAGCCCGCGACGAAGCUGCAGUUCGAACAGCUGCGCAACAUCCUCGGCCCCAUCCUCGCCAACAGCUCUAAGAAGGCGCAUUACACUUUGUUCCUGCAGGAGUUCACCAAGCAGCUGGCUAAGGAUCUGCCGAGUGAUCAGAUCAAGAAGAUUGCUAGCACCCUUACCGCCCUCAGCAACGAGAAGAUGAAGGAGGAGAAGGCGGCCGACAAGGGAGGGAAGAAGAGCAAGGCGGCCAAGACCAAGACUUCACUGGCCGGUGUUGCCCGUGGCGGUGGCGUGGGGGCGGAGAUGGAUACGUUUGAUGACGGUAACUUUGGCGACGAUGACUUCAUGUGA